CACUUCCGCCCCUGCGGCCGCCCCGCAGCGGAAAUGGCGCGGCGGGGCUGAGCCCGUCCCUUUCCGGCCCCUCACGCCGCCGCCGCCAUGCCCCUCGCCAAGGACCUGCUGCACCCGUCCCCCGAGGAGGAGAAGCGCAAGCACAAGAAGAAGCGGCUGGUGCAGAGCCCCAAUUCCUACUUCAUGGACGUCAAGUGCCCCGGCUGUUACAAGAUCACCACGGUGUUCAGCCAUGCCCAGACCGUGGUGCUCUGCGUGGGCUGCUCCACGGUGCUGUGCCAGCCCACGGGGGGCAAAGCUCGGCUCACCGAGGGCUGCUCGUUCCGGAGGAAGCAGCACUGAGCACCGGGACGCCAGGAGACGGGAACCCGCCGCUCCCUGCAGCCCCCUCCGCUUCCCGACAAUAAAUUUUGGAUAAAACACCCA